AUGGGCAACAGCCCAGGAUUCCCGGAGGCCCAGUCUCCAUAUCCUGGUGUCCGACGUUUUUCAGACAAACCCGCAUCCAAAAACGAUAAUUUUGAUCAACGCUGGCAGCGAACAAAGGCACUGGCGCUUGACCUCCUUUCUGCCAUCUGCCUUAUCGGCGGCGGACACCCAAGAGUUUUAAAGGCCUUUGGCCACUUUCGUCGUACCAUAGGGGAAUCCGCGUGCUUCGAAACGAUCAUGAACGAUUUUCGAGUUCAUGAAGAUUUGCCCUUAGAACAAUACAACCUAGAAUAUUCAGUUGCCUGCAUCCAGUUUAUUAACAUUGUUGUGCAUUCUCCUGAGAAUAUAAAUCUUCGUGUGUACUUGCAGUAUUCAUUCACUCUGCUCGGACUUGAUGAUUUUUUGAGGGCUCUUCAAGCUCGCCCCGGGGACAAGUUGAAUCGUCAUGUAGACGCCUACAUGAACAACAUGGUCAACUGCUCCCUCCUGCUGGACGACGCGGAAGCCAAGGAGGCGGCUGUUGAGGAGGUUGCUCGAUUGGAAGCCGCCUUAGAGGCCUCAGAGAGCACCGCCAAGCAACAGGCUGCUUCAUUCAAGCAAAGAGACCUUGCUCUAUCCGAGCUCGUUGAAUCUCUUCGUAGCAAAAUCCGUGACAUUAACGUGGCAGCAGGACUUCAGGAGACGGCGAACCGACGCAUCCAAGAGCUGGAACAGUCGCUUGCAGCCGCUCACCAUCAAAUCCAGCUCCUCCAGAACGCAGCAGAGACCAAUAGCAACGCUGUCGUCGCCGCUGCCUCCGAAACCAACAGCCUCGGUCAGGUGAAGCCUGCCCCGAACCCACGCCAGAAGAAACCCACCGUCUGCAACAUGACAACUUCAACUACCCUGCCGAUGGGCUUCGAGUUUCCUGACGGCGACAGCACCCAGCUGACUGGGUCUCCGUCAGAUUCGCGACGCAAGUCAAUGUCCCUCGAUGUCCUCACCACCACGAAUCAGUCGACUGUGAGUAGCAGUGACUCAAUCACGCGUUCCUCACUUUCGUCGUCAGUGUCCUCAGGAUCGGAUGCCAACUAUGGCACCUUUUCGAGAAAAUCGGGCUCAAUCACUGAGAAGCCCCGUCAUGGCCUCAUUUCGUGCACCCUCAUCUCUCAAGGGGGUUUACUACACAUGUAUGGCUUCAGGCUGGGUGCCCUUGGCGCUGAUCCGAAUGAACUUAUAACUAGCACCCAAUGUCAGUCGGAUACGAAACGCAAUGGCCACAGAUACUGCACCGAGCGUGGCUUACUUAUUAUUUCCCCUUCCUUUUCAUCAUCAGUAUCAUCAUUGCUAUCAGCUAUUCUACCCAUAUUUGCAGUUUCCGAUCUAUGUUUGGCGCGCAAGACUUUCGCCAACGUCUCCACCAACCUCUCGCUGUUGCUCUCCCGUCUGGCCGCCGCCUCCUACCCCAAGCCUCCCUCUCCCUCCCCCGCCGUCGCCCUGCCCGACUGGCACACCCCAGCUCCCCUCGAAGCCGCCCGUCUCCGAAGGCGGCAACACCGGCUACGCAAGCCCGAGGUCAUUGGCAGCACCCAGUGCCACCAGUUGGCUGCCAUCCUGCCCGAUCCCUGGGCCACGUGUUUCGCAUCGGCCCAUCGCACCUUCAAGUUGAGCGCUCAGCCGGUAGAAGACGGCGACGAAGCGGAGGUAGACAGCGACGCAGUAAGACAAGCAUAUGACUACUGGCAGGAUCAACCAGGUAGUUCACACACGCAGAGUGCGCCGAGCAGCGCUAAAGGAGGAAGGGCCGCCUUCUCGGCCUCCUCCUCCACCGCUACACGACGACAACCCCACAACGCCGGCCCCCAACUGCUACACAGCAACGCUGCAUUGCCCUCAACACAACCACCACCACUACCACGCACAUGCAGCAUUAUCAUUGUCGCCGUGUAA